GUAAAUUUCUUUGUAGAGGGUGGAGGUUGUGGACGAGUUCUCUCGCGAUAGGUUGUAUUUUUAUUUAUUUUGAGUGCUUAAUUGAAUCGUGGGGUGUUGCAAGAUAUUGCCACUAUUCUGGUUACUGGGAAUGCAGCUUGAGCCAAUACUGAUGAAAAGCUAACAUUCCAAGACAUACAGCCUCCUUGUGUUGGACAAGUUGUUACACUGCAGCUGUGCUAUGGAGAGCUCUGAGAAAAACAUCUAUCAAGUUAUCAGGAUUCCUGAUGCCACCGUCAGUGAGUCUGAAGACGGACCUGAUGACGUCGCUCAGCCCGCCACCCCCCCGGCCCGGCAGUGUGUCUUCGCCGUCAAGGGCACGUCAAUGGUGGUCUCGCGCGCCCGGAGUCCGGCUCCGGCCGGCUCCGGGCCCGUCUCCGGCUCCGGGCCCGGACCGGCCACAGUGACUGCGGCUGCCAGCGAGGGCUCCGGCUCGGGCGGCUGCGGGGUGGCCGCCUCGGACAUCCAGCGGCACCUGCAGGACAUGCUGGCGCUCAUCCGACCCGACGACAACCUGCUCAUGGCGGUGCGUUUGGAGAGUGAGCACGUGGGUCGCAGCCGGUACCUGGUGGUGGUGGCGUCUCCAGCUGCCGACGAGUGCUGCCUGCUGGGGAUUGACUGUCAGCGGCGCACCACCAUCGGCCUGGUGCACCGGCUCCUCUCCGAGACGGAGACAUCGCUCGACGGAGACGGCGCGAUCGUGGUCCGAACCGCCGGCGACAGCCACAUCUUCAAACCGGUCUCUGUCCAGGCCAUGUGGUCGGCUCUGCAGACGCUGAACCGAUGCCGCAGCCUGGUGCCGCGGCCUGUGGCGCGCUUCGACUGGGUCAGCUCGUACGAGAGGCUGGUCAGCUCGGACCAGUCGUGUCUGAACGAGUGGCACGCCAUGGAGGACAUCGAGUACCGGCGGCCCUACUCGCCCAACUGUCUGCCGGCCAGACCCACCGAGCGUGAGGAGAAGGAGCGGAUGAUUCGCGGGCGUCUGCGCGAGAUCAUGCUCAGUGUCGACCUGGACCAGGUCACCUCCAAGGAGCUGCGGUCGCGCCUCGAGGAACAGAUGGGCUGCAGUCUGAAGGACUUCAAGGGUUUUAUCGACGCGGAGAUGCUGGUUAUUAUGGGCCAGAUGGACCACGCCAGCUGCAUCUUUGAGCACCUCUACCUGGGCUCCGAGUGGAACGCGUCAGACCUGGAAGAGCUCAAACGCAACGGGAUCGGCCACAUCGUAAACGUGACGAGAGAGAUCGACAACUUUUUCCCGGGCCGCUUUCAGUACCUGAACGUGCGCGUCUACGACGAGGAGGCCACCGAACUGCUCAAACACUGGGACAAGACGUUCAAGUUCAUUGACAAGGCCAAGAGUGAGGGCUCGCGGGUAUUGGUCCACUGUCGAAUGGGUGUCAGCCGGUCGGCCGCCGUCGUCGUGGCCUACGCCAUGAAAGCUUACGGCUGGAGUUACGACAAGGCGCUGAAAUAUGUCCGAGAGAAGCGCAGCUGCAUCAAGCCCAACGCCAGCUUCAUCAGACAACUGGAAACAUAUCAGGGUAUCCUGGACGCCAGCCGACAGCGGCACAACUCAUUGUGGCGCUCCAAGUCGGAGACCAACCUGCAGUGCGGCCGACUCCUGUCGCCGGUGCUGCCACCUUGCGACCAGAUCGACGACGUCUGUGAUGUCAGCACGCCGUGCGGGCCGGAGUCGCCCGCCGAGCCGCCGGCGUCCCGGCCCAAGUCGUGGUCACCGGCCGACAACCUGGCCGACUCCCUGAUCGCCCAGAUGAACGGCUCUGCUCCGGGCUCGUACGGCCGUCCGCAGCGGUCGCGUAGUCGCUCCCAGACGCUGCCCGGAGACGCCCCUCGGGUCCGGCGCUACUCCGUGAGUCAGCACCAGCGCGUGCCCUGUAACGGCCAGGACUACAGCGUGUCACAGAACCAGGCGGUGAACCUGUCCCUGCCGCUGGAGCCGCUGGAGGGCGCGCUGCGGCCCGACCCGCAGCCCGGAGACCUAAUGGAGUGCGUCAACCCGCGCCUGGUGCCCGCCGAGACCUGGGUGGGAAAUGUGGUGGCGCUGCGCUCGGCGCCGCGCCGACCCGCCGAACCGGCCGCCGGCCUGGUGCGCCGGCACACUGAGGACAUUGAGCGCCGCUCGUCGUCCAGUGACGGCGCGCGCGGCUCGUGUGGCUCCGUGGAGCUGGCGCUGCCGUCCCGCCAGAGCUCGUGGAGUUCGCUGGAGGGCGCCCUGCUUCGCGCGAACGGCCUGCAGUCACCCAGCCGCAGCAGCUCGUGGGGGUCGUACGACGCGGCGCACACGGUGGUAGCUGACAAUGACGCGGCGGCGGCGGUGGCGGCGGCGGGGCCCGGAGCGGGGCUGGUGGGCACCCCGCGGUCGGCCGGUGCCGGCCCGGUGGCCAGCUCCACGCCCACCGUAUGCCUGCCUCCGCCGACCCCCGACGGCUCUGUCAGCUCGCUGCCGUCCGUCUCGCGGAUGUCUGUUCAGCUGCGGCAGCCGUCGGCAGUACCGCGCACCGGCUCAUUCACGGUCUCACUGGUGAACCUGGCCGGCGCCAGCUCCCCCUGCCGGCCGGCCGCCUCCUCAGUGUCACUCACGGACGAGCUGCCCAGCGACGGUGAGCUGCAAACCACUCCGGGACAGGUGCGGCGACUGGCGCGCCAGCUGGAGGCCAGGGACCCGGCGCCGCCGCCGCCGCCCGGCUCCCCGCCCUCCCCGCCGGCGCCGGUAGCGCGCAGCGCCAGUCUGGACCGGCUGAGCGCGCCCGAGCCCCGGCUGCCGUCCCCCUCAUCGCCUAGCCCGACGGAUGAGGUGAGCGUCCGCUCGCUGGUCGGUCGGUUCGAGGCACCGGAGGCGGCGGAGGAGCGGGAGGCGCGGCGCGUCUCCGCUCCCCCGGCGCCCAGCAGCGAGCCGCCCGCCUCGCCUGGUUCCGAGCGGCAGACGCCGACCGUGCCGCCGCGCAAGGCCAGCCUGGACCUGUCGCGGCUGGCGUCGCUGACACGCCGGGUGGGCGGCCAAGUGUUUGGCCGCGGCCGGACCGCCAGCCAGCCGGCGCCCGGGCCCGUGGUGCGCACCGCUCAGAAGCCGCCGCCGCCGCCACUGACGCACGCGCACCGCGCCGGCCAGCCGUCCCGCCGGCGGCUGCACGGCAAGACGCACCCGCUUUCCAAGCUGGACGUGCGGACGCGCCACGUCAGCUCUGUGUUCAACACGAUGUGAGCGCCGGGCAGUGCCGGGGACGCGCGGGACGGCGGCCCCGGCGCGGCGCGCGCUGCAGCGCCAGUACAACCGGUCCCUCUUAGUCAUGUCUUUCUCCUAGCGUGUCCGGCACCGACGGCGGCGUCGGGCCGCCGCUUUUCUUUGGUUGACUUUGUGGCGAUUUGUCGUGGUGUCAAUCGUGUUCGUGCAUUGAUGUGUGAUUAUUAUUUCGCCGCGUUUUGCGCGCUGCUGUGCUGCGUGCGGCCUCGUUACGCGCGUGUUUUGAGUCCCAAGAGUUUUAAACGCUGAGUGAGUCGCGCGGUGCUGCGCGAUUCUUUAUCGAACGACCCGAUAUCUGCCGACGUCGAGUUGUAGUAUACUCAAGGAUUUGUGAAUAAAGCGUAAUCAGUGAAUCCAUUA